AAACAAUGUUUAAUGUGUAAUUCAGGUUUCUCAUAGUAACAUAUUAUUUAUUGAACAUAAAUGAUCAUUUGAUGUGAAUUACUUGUAUAUUAGAUCUUAAAAAAAAAUAAGAUCAGAUCAUUCUAGUUGUCAACAAAAGAAAACAAACAAAUCGACCAUCACCACCACCAUCAUCAUCGUCAUCACCACCACCACCACCAACAACAACAACAACAGCAACAACGACAACGACAACGACUUAGAUCUAGUGCUGAUCAUUCUACAAACCAAACACAAACAUUCAUCUAACCGGAAUUUCAUCCAAUUUCUUACUUCAUUGAUAUAUAUAGAUGGAUGUUAAGGGAAUUUAAUAAAUCCUAUAAAUGGUAAUACAAAUGAUUGAUCAUUUAUUGAUUUUCUCUUUAUUAUUAUGUCCAAUAAUUCUUUCGGCUGAAUUAUCAUCAUCAUCAUCAUCAACAUUAAUGAGUACAAUAUCUCCUGUAAAAUUAAUUCAUUCUAAAAUAAUCUAUUCAAUGGAUAUGAAUCCAAUUGGAAUAUGUCAACCACCAUGUUUAAAUAAUGGAAUAUGUCGUCGUGAUCGUCAACCCCAUAGUAAUAAUAAUAAUAGUAGUAGUAAUAAUGAUAAUUUAAAGGAAAAUGAUUCAAAAUGUAUUUGUACACCAGAUUUCAAAGGGAUUGAUUGUGGUGAAGAGGCAGAAACAGAUUUAACAAAUUGUCAAGAAUCAACAUGUAAAUAUGGUGGAACAUGUGUUGGUACAUCAAAAACACCAAAAUGUUUAUGUAAAGAUCAUACACGUGGGAAACGAUGUCAAAGACAUGACCUUAUAUUUGUCGUAGAACUUAAAAUAUACGAUAAUGGCAAAGAAGCUGUCUGGCAAAAAGACUUUGAAAAUAAGUCAAGUUAUUUAUCUACCAUUAAAGCAUUAGAUGUUUGUAAACUUCUUAAAUUAAGUAUCAUUCGUGGAUCAAAUAUACAAUUAUCGAAUUCAUUUAUUGAUUGUUAUUUAAUUACUUAUCAUAAACUAUCAGUUAUAAUUGAAGUUGCAUUAAUAUUAGAUAUAGAAUUAUCAUUAAUUCCAUUGAUAAAUUUAACAUUAAUACAAAAUCAAAUUAUAACUGGAUUAAAAACAAUGGAUCCAAGUUUAAAUGAAUUCAAAACCAUUUCAUUAGAUGAUAUCAUUUCUGGGAAUUCAUCAACGUUUAAAGUUCAUGUUCAUGAUCCUUGUAAAAAUGGUAAUCAUGAUUGUUCAAUAAAUGCUAAAUGUAUUGUACAACCACAAGGUACUUAUAUAUGCGAGUGUAAUCCUUUUACAAUUGAUGCAUCAUUCGAUGCUAAUUAUCCUGGACGACGUUGUAUGUAUGAUGGUUUAAUUAUAUUAGCAUUUGCUAUUAUUGGUGGCUUCAUUUGUACACUUACUGUACUUAUUUGUGGAUGUCGUCGAACAAUAUGGCGAAGAUAUCGUCGUGGACCAGAAUCUAUUGAUUUAAUUAAUAUGCCAAGAAAUUAUGAUAUUUAAAGAAGAAGAAGAAGAAGAAGAAGAAGAAGAAGAAGAAGGAGAAAAAAAGCCCGAUUUGUUUUGUCACAUGUUUGUUUAUUUGUAAAAACAAACAAACAAACAACACAAACCUGGAUACAUGUUUCCCUUUCAUUAACAAUACAUGUAUAAUGUAAAUGUCUAUUCAGAACUAUUUGUUCAUUAGAAUGAACUUAUUGCCAAGUCUCCACUCUAUCACCCCCCCACAACACACAUACAUACACUAAGUAUUCACCAAUGCACCUAUGUUUACUCAUUCACAAAAGAUAAACAAAUAAAGACAAACAAACAAAUGCACAAAUGUGAAUAGUUCACAGAGAGAGGGAGAGAGAGGGCAAGAGAGGGGGGAGAGGGAAACUUGCCUUCCACUUCUAUUUUUUGAUUUAUUCAACGGUUUUCAUCAUGUUUUUUUCUAUUAUGGUUUGUACUAUUAUUAUGUUUUACCAUAAACAAUGAUUUAUUACCUUCAUAACAUACAUUUUAUGUACUUCAAUUCCUUCAGUGUGUUGUUCGAACUGAAUCGGUUGUUGUCAAUGGAUCUUUGUUUUAUAAAAAAAAGGUGUUGUUUUUCUUAAUUCAGUAAUAUUUCCAUUUUAAUAGUUGAGAUCAUGAGUCCAUUGAAGUUAGAC